CUGUGAGCAUACGCAUCGUACUGUUGUUUUCCAAAAACGAAGAAACCACCGCAUGUUCUGCGCGCGAAGGCGGUGUUGCCUUCAACGAGCGAUACUCAAAAUUUAAAGGGAAAUCCACAUUUGUCGUUAUUUUCUCUAGGGUUUGACAGGAGUUUGUAGUUUUUCUAGGGUUUAGCCUGUUGUUCUCUAUGUUAUACUCCUGUUUCGAAAUCCAUGGGGUUUCGAGUUUCUAGGGUUUAGCUUGGUUUCCUGCAACUCUGGAGUUUUGGUUUAGCUUCUGCAAAUUCAUGGUGCUACUGAGUUCUUCUUCUGCUUAUAUUUUUCUAGGGUUUACUACGAGUUUCCAAAAAAACCCUAAAAAAUUCAUCUGAUUCAAACUCUCUUUCAUUCUACAAAUAUGACAAAGGUUUAUGGCACUGGUGUAUUUGACUUUAGGAGACACAGGGUGGCUGAAUACCAAGUUGAACCGGGGCUUGAAGCUUCACCUGAGAAACCAUUAGAGCAAAGGCCAGGCUCCAAUUUGUCGAGCUCGAUCACUCUCUUGGAUAUACAGAGAGAUCGUCUCACUAGGAUUGCUUCAGAAAACUGGUCAAAAACCCAGGACUCUGCUUCCAGGCCACCCUUUGAUCCGAAGCUUGUGAAAGAGAUUUAUGAGACUGAGCUUCUUGUGACCAGUGGCAGCAAGCCAGUGCCUUUGCAGAGGGUCAUGAUCUUGGAAGUGAGUCAGUAUUUGGAGAACUAUCUUUUGCCAAAUUUUGAUUCAGAAACUUCAUCCUUUGAGCAUGUUAUGUCCAUGAUCCUUAUGAUCAAUGAAAAGUUCCGAGAAAAUGUUGCAGCAUGGAUAUCCUUCCAUGAUAGGAAGGAUUUGUUUCAAGGGUUUCUUAAACGGGUUCUUCUUUUGAAGGAGGAGGGAAGAGUUAUGAACAUCGCAGAAAAGACAAACUACCUGCUUUUCAUGAUUAAUUCCUUCCAGAGUUUGGAAGAUGAGAUGGUUCGUGAGACUGUACUUAAGCUAGUUAACCUGCAGUUAUGGUGUGGUCUUUCUUUUGGUCGAUUUCAGAUGGAGCUCUGCUUGCAUCCACAUCUUCUCAAGAAAUGGAAAAGGAUGGUAAAGAAAGAAGCUAAGGAAGCUGCAAGGGCUGGAGAGCCCUUCAACCCUUCUAAUAUGCUUGAAGUGAGGUUUUUGCGGACCUUAAUCGAUGAAUUUCUUGAGAUUCUAGAUUCAGAAGUUAUAGUACAGAAACAACCUGAUCAAGAAGAGACUCAACUUGCUUCAGCCAAUGGUGGUGAACUUGAAAAAUUGAAUGAUGCUUGUGUCUUAUAUUGUGAGAGAUUCAUGGAGUUCUUGAUUGAUUUGUUAAGCCAGCUACCAACACGGAGAUUUUUGAAACCUGUUUUUGCUGAUGUUGCUGUUGUGGCUAAGUGUCAUCUGAGUGCUCUGUAUACUCAUGCAAGAGGACGUCUUUUUGCACAACUGGUGGACCUACUGCAAUUUUAUGAAGGUUUUGAGAUUGAUGAUCAUUCUGGAACACAACUAACAGAUGAUGAAUUCCUCAUUGCUCAUUAUUCACACCUGCAAGCAUUCCAGUUAUUGGCAUUUAAGCAAGUUCCCAAGCUGCGGGAUCUUGCAUUGGCCAAUAUCGGUGCUAUUGACAAACGAGCUGAGCUCACAAAGAAAUUGUCUUUAUUAUCUUCUGAGGAGCUUGAAGACUUGAUAUGCACAAAGCUCAAACUGAUUAGCAAGGAUGAUCCAUGGGUUAGACGACCAGACUUUUUGUUUGAAGUGAUUGUUUCCUUCUUUGAGAAACGACAGUCCCAGAAAGAAGCCAUAAAUGCGCUCCCCCUUUAUCCAAAUGAGCAGAUAAUGUGGGAUGAAAGUCUUGUCCCCAGCAUCAACUACUCUGGGGAAGGAUGCUUAGCUCUCCCUAAACUCAAUCUACAAUUUCUGACUCUUCAUGAUUAUCUCUUAAGGAACUUCCAUCUCUUUCGUUUGGAAUCAACUUAUGAAAUCCGUGAAGAUAUUCAGGAAGCAGUACCACAUCUUCUUGCAUAUAUAAAUAACGAGGGGGAAACAGCUUUUCGUGGUUGGUCAAGGAUGGCAGUGCCCAUUAAGGAGUUUAAAAUCACUGAGGUUAAACAACCUAAUAUUGGAGAAGUCAAACCAUCUGCUGUUACUGCGGAAGUUACAUUCAGCAUUUCCAGCUAUAAAGCACACAUAAGAUCAGAAUGGAAUGCACUUAAAGAGCAUGAUGUGUUAUUUUUACUUUCUAUUCGUCCUUCUUUUGAGCCACUCAGUACAGAAGAAGCUGCACAGGCAAGUGUACCAGUGAGGCUUGGUCUUCAAUAUGUACGAGGUUGUGAAAUAAUUGAAAUUCGAGAUGAGGAAGGGACUCUUAUGAAUGAUUUUACUGGAAGGAUUAAAAGAGAUGAAUGGAAGCCACCUAAGGGUGAACUGCGUACUGUGGUGGUGGCCCUGGACACAGCCCAAUACCACAUGGAUGUAACAGCUAUAGCAGAGAAGGAUGCAGAAGAUGUUUAUGGGACAUUUAACAUUUUAAUCAGAAGGAAGCCCAAGGAAAACAAUUUCAAAGCAAUUUUAGAGAGUAUACGAGACCUUAUGAAUGAAUAUUGCAUUGUCCCAACGUGGUUACAUGAUAUAUUCUUGGGUUAUGGGAAUCCUUCUGCUGCUCAGUGGACCAACAUGCCUGAUAUCUUGGAUAUAAUCGAUUUCAAGGACACCUUCAUCGAUGCAUCUCAUUUGAUUGACAGCUUUCCUGGGUACCAGGCUUGUUUUGUGAAGGCAGAUGGUACUAAUGACCCAAGUCCAAAGCCUCCAUUCCGGAUAAGGCUUCCUGCUUCAUUACAGGGAAGUGCACAGGCACUUCCAGGUAAUAGUAAGGGCACUUCAAAAGUUGAUAUGGACAAUGGAGAUAUGAUGAGCAUGCCUCUCAAAGAAGAAAAAAUUGUGGUCGAGACGUAUGUGCCUCCCUAUCCUGGGCCCUAUCCACAAGAUCAGCCAAAGAUGAAUACAGUCAGAUUUACUCCCACUCAGAUAGGAGCAAUCAUCUCUGGAAUUCAACCAGGCUUGACCAUGGUUGUCGGUCCUCCAGGUACCGGGAAAACAGAUACGGCUGUGCAGAUCCUGAAUGUUCUAUAUCAUAACUGCCCUUCUCAGAGAACUUUGAUUAUAACUCAUUCCAAUCAGGCCCUAAAUGAUCUUUUUGAGAAAAUAAUGCAGAGAGAUGUUCCUGCUCGAUACCUUCUACGUCUGGGUCAGGGAGAGCAAGAGUUAGCUACUGACCUUGAUUUUAGCCGGCAAGGUCGUGUCAAUGCAAUGCUUGUACGUCGGAUAGAACUGCUCACAGAGGUUGAAAGGCUUGCAAAAUUACUUAACCAGCCAGAAGAUGUGGGCUAUACAUGUGAAACCGCAGGCUACUUUUGGUUGCAUGUGUACUCUCGUUGGGAACAGUUUCUUGCUGCUUGUGAGCAGAAUCGAGAAAAACCAAAUUUUGUCAAAGAUAGAUUUCCAUUUCAAGAGUUCUUCUCGGGCACACCUAAGCCUAUAUUCACAGGAGAAUCAUUUGAGGCAGAUAUGCGUUCAGCAAUGGGCUACUUUCGCCAUCUUAAAACCAUGUUUCAGGAACUUGAAGAAUGCAGAGCCUUUGAGCUUCUGAAAUCAACAGCUGAUAGGGCGAAUUAUCUGAUGACCAAACAGGCGAAGAUUGUGGCGAUGACCUGUACCCAUGCAGCAUUGAAGAGGAAGGAUUUUCUUCAGUUGGGUUUUAAAUAUGACAAUUUGCUUAUGGAGGAAAGUGCACAGAUUUUAGAGAUAGAGACAUUUAUUCCAAUGUUACUUCAACGACAGGAAGAUGGCUAUGCUCGGCUUAAACGUUGUAUACUGAUUGGUGAUCAUCAUCAGUUACCUCCAGUAGUAAAAAACAUGGCCUUUCAGAAAUAUAGCCACAUGGAUCAGAGUCUUUUUACAAGGUUUGUGCGAUUAGGAAUUCCAUAUAUUGAACUUAAUGCUCAGGGUAGGGCACGGCCAAGUAUUGCCAAGCUUUACAAUUGGAGGUAUAGAGAUUUAGGAGAUCUUCCUUCUGUGCAAAGAGAAGAAAUAUUCCAUAAAGCAAAUGCUGGUUUCUCUUACGAGUAUCAACUUGUAGAUGUUCCUGAUUACAAUGGAAGGGGUGAGUCAGCCCCUUCUCCUUGGUUCUAUCAGAAUGAAGGAGAGGCAGAAUAUGUUGUCAGUGUUUACAUAUACAUGCGCUUACUCGGGUACCCUGCAAAUAAGAUAUCUAUCUUGACUACUUACAAUGGUCAAAAGCUUCUGAUACGUGAUGUCAUCAACCGGCGGUGCACAAAUGGUAUUGGUCCACCAAGCAAGGUUACAACAGUAGACAAAUUUCAAGGUCAGCAAAAUGACUAUAUUUUAUUGUCCCUUGUACGCACCCGUUUUGUGGGUCACCUUCGAGAUGUUAGAAGAUUGGUUGUCGCCAUGUCUCGAGCAAGACUAGGACUAUAUGUGUUUUGCCGCCGUUCUUUGUUUGAACAAUGUUACGAACUGCAACCAACAUUUCAGCGAUUGCUUCAGAGGCCUGAUCAGCUCGCUCUUAAUAUGGAUGAGACCACUCCAUUCACGAAUCGUGCACUUGGUGAGACAGGCAGGAUUCAUUUUGUAAGUGGCAUCCAGGAGAUGGACCAUAUUGUUAAUUAUAUGAUGAACCAUAUUGUUAAUCAUAUGAUGUAUCAGGCACAAGCAGCUGCUUAUUCCUCUUAUGUCCAACAAACACAAGCUUCUAAAAUGGAAGCUCUAGAUAAGAAUGGUAGCAUUCAUCCAGAGACAUCUGCCUCUAUGGCUUCUGAUAUGCCACUUGAAAAUGGUGAAAGGGAUGUGCCUGUGGAGAGUGGCACGAUCGAAGAGCCCUCUACCGCCACCAACAUGCAGGAAGAAAGUGAGGAAAAAGAUGCCACUCCUGAGAAUGGCGCGGAGGAAGACUCUAAGAUGGAGGAGUGAAGUCAAAUUGCUUGGCUUUUGAGACCAACCAGCUUGUAUUUAUAUUGAAUAUUGAUGCAUUUUCUUCCUGUACGUGAUUCGUGGCACAAGGCAUUUGUAACUAAAACGCGUCUCUCUCUAUCUCGGCCAUUUGUCCUGGUGUUAAAGGAUAGGAUGAGGUGAGUUACUUAUCUAACAAGUUUAAAGGUUUUGGUGCCAUUGUUGCUUCCCACGCUUGAUUGAAUUGCGUGAUGGUACAUGUACCUUACCAAUCACAAAUAUUUAUUGAGGUUUGAGGGAGGUAUUAAUAGCAUGUGCUUGGGCCUAAACUCUCCAUCU